CAGGACCCUAGUAUCAAAUACGCCAGCAUCGAAGGAACGGAGUUCCAUCAAUCCCACAAAGACCAAACUGAUACCAAGGGCAUGCUCUCCACCAUAUUUUCUGAUCAGGAAAGAAAGCGAGUAGAAAAGACAUCUGCGCGAAGACGGAACUCCAAAUCCCGUUACAAGCAGAAGGCUCCGGCCGAGUCAUAG